CUCAUCCCCUAGGUGAUGGUGUGGAUCCACGGAAGAGCUUUUUUGGUGGGUGAUGCUUCAACUUUGGAGGGCCUGUAUCUCUCAGCUUUCGAGAAUGUUGUGGUAGCCAUUCAGUACUGUCUGGGAAUCUUUGGAUUCUAUAGCACAGGAGACGAACAUGCCCGAGGGAACUGGGGUUACUUAGACCAAAUGGCUGAACUCCAAUGGGUUCAGAAAAACAUUGUCAACCUUGGAGUAGAACCAAACUCGGUGACCAUUUUUGGUUCAUCAGCAGGAAUUAUCAGUGUUUCAGCACUGGUUCUUUCUCCUUUGACAACGAAUCUCUUCCACCGAGCCAUUUCCCAGAGUGGAGUUGCCAUUAUGGAAUCCAUAUUUAUUUCUAACAUCAAAUCAACAGCUGAGAAAAUUGCAGCCUUUGCUGGGUGUAAAACAACCAUUUCAGCCAGCAUGGUUCACUGUAUGAGGCAGAAGACAGAAGAAGAGAUCUUGAACUCUGCUUUAAAGAUGGAACUAUUCAGCAUGGAUUUCAUGCGAGAUCCUACACUGAAAAUUGUAUUGCCUCCUACAGUUGUGGAUGGAAUAUUUUUCCCCAAGAGUCCCAAAGACCUCCUCACUGAAAAGCAGUUCAAUCAUGUCCCCUAUAUUGUGGGAUUCAACAGCAAUGAAUUUGGCUGGCUUCUUCCAACUCUUCUGGGAUAUCCUCUAUGGAGAAGACUGGAUCAACAAACAGCAACAGCUCUUUUGUGGAGUUCCUAUGCACUUUUUAAAAUCCCCAAAGGCCUUACUCCUGUGAUAACUGAGGAAUAUCUUGGAGUGACAGAAGAUCCUGUAAAAGAGAAAGGCCUAUUUCAGGAUAUGAUGGGAGACUUGAUUUUUGGGCUUCCAUCUAUAAUAGUGGCUCAGCUUCAUAGAGCAUCAGGUGCACCCACAUACAUGUAUGAAUUUCAGCAUUGGCCAAACUUCUCAACCAACCUGAAACCAGAGACAGUGAAGGCAGACCAUGGGGAUGAAAUUCUUUAUGUCGUUGGGACUCCAUUUUUGAACACAGACUCAUCAGAGGAGGAGAAGAAACUUAGCAGGACUGUGAUGAAAUACUCGGCUAACUUUGCUAAGAAUGGAAACCCUAAUGGGGAAGGACUGCCAAAGUGGCCUGGCUAUAAUCAGAAUGAAGGUUGCCUCCAAAUUAACAUCACCCCCAAAGCAGCCAAAAAUCUGAAGGAGAAAGAAGUAGAAUUUUGGACUGAGGUCAUAUCAAAGGAGACAGCUGGGGUGAAGAGAGAAUACGUUGAGCUUUAA